AUGGGCAACUCCACGUCUACAGACUCCGCUCGGCUGAAAUCCCGUCUUAACCAUGAGAUUGUCCCGAAUAGAAAACAGCACCUAAACUUCGUUGAUUACAAGGAUAAACCGUCAACUUCCACCGCAACAAUCCUUUCCACCCAAGAGAAAGCCUCCAGGAAACAAAGCCCCAACUUGAGCGGUAUCCCCACCGUUAAUGACCAACUGAUAACGAUCCAUGACACUUAUAUCGACCAGCUGGCGUCAACAACAACCGAAGAAGAUGAUGCGGAGGGCAAUCUAUCCCUGGUUACCACAAUCUCAUCUUCCAAUUACUCUCUCAGUGAUGCUGAUGAAGAGCUGAACGAUAAUGCUUUACAUAACGAUAACGAUUCACACCCAAAACCAAAAGCUAAAACUCUCAAUGUUUUCUUGAAAUGGAAACCUCUUCAUUUCAAGUACUCCGAUGAUGUGUAUAUUAUUGCUAAUUUUCUGGAUAACUGGUCCACUAAAUGCUACCCCAAAGUGAUUAAGGACGACAAAAACAAAAACAUUGUAUACCUUUGCUUCGAGUUUCAAAAGCUCCGAAUAGGCUCCAUAUACAAGUUUCAGCUCAUCGUCAACGAUAACCUUACCAUCAUCGAGCAUGAUAUCCUACCAAAAGCAACUACUUCCAGUGGGAAUAUUGUCAACUGGUUUGAAAUUUCCACUGCUAACUUUGACUACCAUGAUGAUCAUGUCUAUAUCAAACCUCUAACUGUGACUUGCGAAGAGAAGGAUCAAGGAAAGAUCCACAACAUUGCUCGAGCUAAGUCUCCCCAUUUCAGUUCCGUAUCUUCCACUAGGAAUAACUCUGUUACAUCUUUUUCCAAAGCAGCCAGCAGGUCUUCCAAAUAUUCCAGUGAAAUUCCCUACUAUUUCAAUUCCGACGAGAUAAUCUAUCCCCAGGAUAAGCACCCUGCCAAUACUAAUCUCAAUAGAAACCAUUCCUUUUAUCUCAAACUAUUGAGCUUGCCCGAACCGCCUCUUCUUCCCCCAUAUUUAGAUUCAAUUUUACUUAACGACCGACACAAGACUAAAUCAAAGAAACAAAGCUCAAAACCUCAAGCGUUGCAUGGAAAGAAUAGUAAUAUUAAUGCUGACCGACGGUACUCACUUCCAAUUAACAAUCUAAAUAUUGCCGAUAAGUACUCUAGGCCACAAGAAUUUGUGGAAGAUGAACAAUCAAUUGCUUCAGGACAAAAAAAUAAGGAAGCAGACCACUCCAUGUUCAAGAGAGGUUUCAAGGACAACUCGAUGCACAACAUCACAGAAUCGAUGGUUGCCAAAAGUCAAACCACAGAAAAUCAACAGAGAGAAAUUGUCCCUACGCAUGUCAUGUUGAACCACCUGAUUACUUCCAAUAUUUCCAAUGACAUUAUUCAUGUUAGUGUUAUUCACCGGUACCAGGGAAAGUACAUUACCACGAUUCUAUAUACUCCAGUUGAUUCGUAA